AAACAAGGUCCUCGAAUGGACCCAAACAGCAUGCACCCGGAACUUAUGGGAGUAUGAAGUAAACAAUCAAGUCAGCGUUUAUGAUAUUUCAUCUUGAGCUCUUCCAGAUUCCUCAGGGUGGAUAAAAUGAAUAACAUGUCUCCAGAAGUUGCACUGCACAGGAUCUCACCUGAGUUGCGGCCCCUGCUGAGCAGCGUGGUGCGGAAUGGCCGUGUGGGACUGGACUCCACAAACUGCCUCCGUGUUACAGAUCUCAAAACUGGAUGUACGUCUUUGACCCCGGGGCCCUGCUGUGAUCGCUUCAAACUUCACAUCCCGUACGCUGGAGAAACCCUCAAAUGGGAUAUAAUAUUUAAUGCCCGCUACCCAGAAUUGCCCCCAGAUUUCAUCUUUGGAGAAGAUGCUGAGUUUCUUCCUGAACCUACAGAAUUACCUCAUUUGGUCCAAUGGGAUUCUGGCAACUCCGACUGUUUGCUCCAGCUUGUCAAGGAACUUAUCCAGCAGUACCACCAGUACCAGUGCCAGCGCCUCCGUGAAAGCUCCAGGCUUCUCUUUGAGUAUGAUAGCCUCCUUGAGGAUCCUAACUAUGGACGUAAUAUGGAGAUUUAUGCUGGACACAAGAACAGCUGGACAGGAGAGUUUUCCGCUCGCUUUCUUCUCAAACUCCCAGUGGACUUCAGCAAUAUCCCUGUCUAUCUACUAAAGGACACAGCACUGGACCCUGGAGAGGAUGUGGCCCUUCUCUCAGUGAGCUUUGAGGAUGCUGAGGCUACUCAAGUCUUCCCCAAACUCUACCUUUCCCCAAGUAUCGAACAUGCUCUGGGAGGCUCUUCUGCACUUCAUAUCCCAGCAUUCCCCAGCGGUGGAUGCUUGAUUGACUAUGUCCCACAAGUGUGCCAGUUACUCACUAACAAGGUGCAGUAUGUCAUCCAAGGCUACCACAAGAGGCGGGAGUACAUUGCUGCAUUCCUUAGCCACUUUGGAAUGGGAGUGGUGGAGUAUGAUGCUGAGGGAUUUACAAAGCUUACUCUUCUACUCAUGUGGAAAGAUUUUUGCUUCCUAGUACACGUGGAUCUCCCGCUGUACUUUCCCAGAGACCAACCCACACUCACGUUCCAGUCUGUGUACCACUUCACCAGCAGCGGGCAGCUUUAUUCUCAGGUGCAAAAGUCGUAUCCUUACAGCCCACGCUGGGACGGCAAUGAGAUGGCCAAGAGGGCAAAGGCUUACUUCAAGAGCUUCAUCCCUCAGUUCCAAGAAGGAGCCUUUGCCAACGGGAAACUUUAGUGCCCUGCGGCUCCAGGACAUGCCUGUGGUUAUGUGAAUGUGUUGGUACAUGCCAUCGCGUACCUGUGCAUGGGUACACACAGGCCAACAUGAUCCCUCAAGAAUUUACUAAGGAAUUGCACAGGCUGUUAAACAAUAGAGUACCGCACAUUGGAACAGACUGUUUUCCAGCAUAUGUCAGUGCACUUUUCUGUGUGCAUGCGUAAACUCCCACAGUAAAUCACUCCACCAAAUCAUUGAAUCCUUACUCAGCAAACAUCACAUACCUACUGUGCUAAAGCAGCCAUAGAACGUAUACUUCCACUGCACUAUAUACCAUACUUCCUUAGAGUAAAGGCACUUGAUUUUGUCUUAAUUUCAGCAGUAAGCAGCAUAUUACUUUCCUUUAAUUCAUCAAUAAAAUGAAAAGAUUUCAAGAAGCCCUCAAUACUUACUUUAUUACGAAUUACAGCGCAUUAGCUUUUUUCUACCAAGCCAUACUCAUUUUUCAUGAGAAAAGGUUCCGCAGACGAUUAGUACUAAUUACUGUGUGUUAGCAGUACAGCUUGAAAGAAAGAGUGUGUGCUGUAUGUACAAAUUCAGUCAUGCUUUUUCUGACUCGUUUAGAAUUUCAUUCAAAACUAUUGUAAGAAAAAGCAGGCAAUGUUACAAAAAGUUGUCCAAGUACUGGGACACUACAUGUAACACCUUGUCCGGCAAAGCUCUCUGUGACUGACAGCGAUGUACAGAUGACACCGUAGCACUGCGGGAUCAGGCAGAACUGGUUUGAGCUGGCUGUAAGCAGUCACGGGUCUGUGCUGUGAAGAACCUUUUUCGACAAGAGCCCCAAUGUGGGGAUAUAUGAAGUCUCACCUUCCAUGUGCGUACAGUAACUAGCAUUUCUGGGCUGUAUGGCCCUUUUUUUUUUUUGAACAGUGCAAAAAAUAUGUAAUCUGUUUGAGUUCAUCGAAAAGGCUUUCAAGUUCUUCCAUACCUAACUUAUCCAGGCAUGUCCUGCGUUUGUUGCGUUUUCCAAAAUUGAUAUAAAUGUACACUUAAUUGGACUUUAAUUUGGUUAUUUACAAAAAUAACCAAACAAUCACACCACAUCAUCGUAAAGUUCACCAACAGGAAAUUCAAAACCGCACUACUGAAACAGGAAAAGAAGCUGAAACGAAGAAACAUCUACAUGGAUGAGCAUCUGACAAAACGCAACGCUGACUUGCCAAGAAAGCACGCAACUUGAGGAAGCAGGGAAAGAUCAAAGGUACUUGGAGUGCCAACUGCAAAAUUUACAUUAAGUUAAAUGGAAGACCAGAGACCAGAGAGGGCUUGCUGUCAAAGACAUCAGGGACCUGGAAAAAUGCUAAAGGUCAUAUCACCAAACAAGGAAAAGGAGCACAACUCUUCUGCAUCCAUGUAAGCAAUAGAUGACUUCAUAGGUACAAUGUACAGUUUGAGUCGAUAUCCUAAAAUCCCCAGAAUAUACAUCUGUGAGCUUAACUAUAUCAUGUGGCGUAGCCCAGGGGUCACUAGUGGGAACAAAACCGUUCAACCUAUAAAUGACAUCUGUCAAGUCACGAAAGGCCUAAAGCUAGCGUAGUGUUAGUCACAGAUGAAUUGACUCUACUAAAAAGAUGGUUUGAAUAAAAGGGAUGAUCACUGAACCUAAGUAAAGCUAAAAUAAUGCUAUUUGGCACGAGCAGAAAGGAUACUUAUGCGUAAAUACCAAUUGAUGACAUUGAUAGGGUGUAAGAAAGUACAUUUCUGGGGGUCAUAACAGAUGAAAAUAUGCGCUGGAAAUCUCCCAUUAAAAAUAUACAACAAAGUGGUAAGAGAUACCUCAAUAAAAGCUAAAUUUAGCUCUGGAUGAAAAAUCACACCAUACUCUCUAUUGUUCUCUGUAUUACCAUAUCCAACCUAUUGUGUGGAGGCAUGGGGACGUAACUAUAAAAGUACACCUAACCGUGCUACAAAAAGGAUCAGAUAGGAUAAUCCAUAAUGCCGCUCAGAGAGAACAUACAAGCCCUUUAUUCCUAAAAUCACAACUAUUCAAAUUUGCUGAUCUAGUAAAUUUUUGAACAGCUAAAAUUAUGCAAAAAGCAACGAAUAACCUUCUACCCAAAAACGUAAUACAACUCAUCUCAAGAGUUGAGGAAUAUGACCUUUGGGAAAAAUUCAACUUAAAACACCAACACUAAAAACCCACAGCAUUUCAGUAUGUGGAAUGAAAUAUGGAAGGGAUUGACUAAAGAACUCAAAGCACUAAAAUGAGCGAUGUCAAGAAACAAUACAAGCAACUGAUGUUUAGAAGAGUCCUGAACCAGCAUGUACGUACAAUGCUACGUCCAAUCACUCUUGUACUUACUGCCAACUCUUUGUUUUUCUAGAGAACAUUGUCUGGAUUCAAUCAUCAACCAACUUUGUCUCUGUCAACUGUUAACCCUUUCAUCAGUUUUUAUUAUUAUGAUAUAUUUGUUCUUUUUUAGUGACUACAAACCUUGAGUGCUAUUUUACCACAUUGUUAUACUACCCAAUCAUUUUCCUAUGUAAUUAAAAUUGGCAAAGAGUACAUUUAAAACAGGAAGUGUACAAAUGUAUUCACUGAUGUGAAAAGUAUGAGGGGUGGGAUUAAAUAAGUUUAGCUUCUUUAUACUCCUUUUUGGACAUGUGGAGCUGUCAUGCAUGUUCAAAAUAAAUUAAACCAUUACCGUUACCAAAAACACAUCAAAUAAAAAGGUGGGUUGAUUUUUUUGUUUGUUUUUGUGUGUUUGAAUCUUUUUUGCGACCACUCAGAAGCCGUACCACUCAGAAUACUUUAAAGUUGCUAAAUUAAAAGCUACUUUGAAAACAGUUUUUGCACUCUACUAAUUAUUUUUUAUUUCGUCCUCUUUCCCUUAUUGCUGGUCCUUGACCACUUUGUGGCGACAGCGUAAAGGUUUGCAGGUUCCAAGCUAAAAAUGCGAUGAAAUUUUGUGUUCUGUCCCGUGGUCAAUUGUUGACCUUGAGCUUCAAUUAGGCCCAGAUGUAGUCAUGUAAGGUUUUUGUUAUUAAGAUCAGUUUGUGAAUGUUGCCAGGUAGUUUUCCAUGAGUCUGUUGCCAGGGGACAAAGUUCAACUCAACCUUUCCACCGUAGACGUGAUGGUCCAUCUGCUGAUCAGUCGGAAGGUGCUUCCCCUGACAGAGCAACACUCACAGGUAAGUUAAAUACAGUUUAGUAUGAUGUUGUAUGUGAAUAUUUCUGUUCACACUAUUAGAAUGUUGCUGUUUCCCGGUGGUGUAGUGUCUAGAACCAGUGGUGGAGCCACACAUCGUUCAUCGGGGUGGCCAAGUGAUACCUGAAAUGUCUAUAGGGCCAGUGGGGUGGCCGGAGAGUGACUGUGGGUGACCACAGCCACCACGUAUACCGUGCGGUCAGGGGCAGCAGGUGAGGCAGAGCCUGAAUGAUUAAAUAUACAAGAGUAAAUAAUAACAAAAGAAAUCUUCAUAUUUGUUCAUUGAACUGUAUUUUCGGUAUGAUUCCAAUCGUUUUAACAUUUUCUUAUGUAAAAAUUGCUGAUUUCCUGAUCAAAUGCAGGGAAGAAACCGAAGGUGGGGCCACCGUGAGCGUGGCUUCUCGGCUUUGUUUUGUUUCUCAGAAAAAACAAAUGCAUUCAAAAUAUGUUAUGCGCUACUGAAUGAAUGAAUGAAUGAAUGAGUUUCACAGAUCAAGACUUUUCCAACUGCAUGUACUUGAAAUGCAAAUAAAAGGUAAGAACACAAACGUUUUUCUGUUUAUGAGAAAUAAAUGAAUAAUUGGGUCUAAGAAGUAUCUGAAAACAUUUUUAGCCAAAGUGAAUUAUUCGUCUCUUAAUGGGCAACUUGUAUUAACAUUUUAAAAAAAAAAACAAAAAAAACUCAUAGGCCUCACCAGCCAUGAAACUCCUCACACGUCACUGGUGGCGAGCACAUCUGCUUCACAGGGUGAAGAACAAUUAGAACAUCUUUGUGUGGAGUUUGCGUGUUCUCUCCCAUCCCAAAAACCCACAGGACCUUAGUGAGGACGGGCUGCCCUGCAAAUGGAUGAAUGUUGCUCUUGUCUUGCACGUGUAUGAAGGUGCACUUUGUACACCAUAGCUAAAUCAAACAUGAGACAUGUUCUAAACGAGCGAGGGACUGCUCUUUUCAAGCCCCCAAGUGUAUUUGCUUAAUAAGGAGCCCCACCACAGGCUGUGUGUUUGUGUGUGCACCACACUUACAUGUGCACAUGCACGUGUGUGAGCGAGACGGAGUGUGUGUGCUGGCUUGUUUUCAUCAUUAAAUAUGAGGUCAUAGUUAGGGGUCCUUCCUGUCCGGAGGCGCAGCCUUUUGCUGUAUUUAUUGUCGGUAAUGCAGCAACUGUCAGGUCUAAUUGAGAACUAUAGGCUGAAUGUUUCUGGGGCAUUUAAUAGCAUUAAGGCUCUUAAUAAAAUAAUUAAAAAGCAAGAUUCUUUUUGUCUUUUGUACUGCCUCGCUCCAUGUCUCUUGCCGUAACCUUUGCUGACCUGCUUACCAAACA